UUGUGUUACGUUUCUUCCGUUGACGCUUGCCUAUAUAAAGGGAUGGCAGCGGCAGAGCCCUCACUCUUGUUGUGUUUGCUGGAUUGCAGUGGUUUACAUUCUACAGAAACUUAACCCACUGGAACCCGAAGAUGCCAGAGGCGAAACCAGCUGUUCAAAGCCAAUUCGUCAACCGGCUUGCCAGCCUUCCGGCUGUGACGUCCGCUUUGGAUACCGCGAAGCAGUCCUAUGUCCACCUGAAGGACUUCAACGGACUUUUGGGUUACGCUCUUGAUACGGCCGAGCGUUCUGCGUCUUUCGCUGUGGAUCAGUCGAAGCCACUUCUAGAGAAGUUCGCUGGUCCUCUCCAGUAUGUUGACGGGCUCGCAUGUAAGGGCCUCGACAAGGUUGAGGAAUCUUUCCCGCUUGUGAAGAACCCACCUGAAAAGAUUGUCGCCGAGGCAGCGAACUUCGGACGCAAGAAAUACGAUAAUGCUGUGGAGUAUGGGGCGGCGAAGCUGGACUCUUUGAAGCAGUACUCGUCCCAAACUCUGCACGUGCUGAGUCACCCACGUGAGACAAUCUCUACUGCUUACACGGCCUACAGUACCAUGGUCUUCGACUACACAGAGAAUGCUCUACAAGCUGUCGAGGAUGGACUCACAAAGCAUAUGCAAAACUUGGGCAUUGAUUCCUCUACACAAAACAACCAAACAUCGAAGGAUCUGCGGUCCCGUCUCGGAUCUUUGUCUUCAAAAGCCAAGGUCUGUUUGACGGAACACGCCCACCAACAGGUUGUCCACUUCAACGACUCCGUCGCCAAAUUAAGCCAAGCCAUCGAAGUCGUUCAACAGAUGAAAGCAGGUCUUCUAAACAAGGAAAAGUCCUUCCAGGAAGUCUUGAGGGAACUCGGCAAAAACAAUGCGUGGCUUAAGACUGUUCUGUCGGAUCCCGACCCUAAUGCACCCCAGACCCUUUCCCGUCAGGCCUACGUCGUCGCGUCUAACAUUGUUAACCAAACCAACGCUUCUCUCGGCAACCAGUUUCCAGUCGUCAAGAAGCUCCAGGAUGACCUAUCUUCGCGCAUCGCUGUCGUAAUACAGAAGUAUACGCCUCACGACGAUGUUACGAGUCUUGCUACCGCCGCGGUUUCAAAGUUGAAGCAACAAGUAGACCAGGUCCUCAAGGUUACCGUUCAGGCCACAGACUUCGCGUUCAGCUUCCUCGUGUACGUGCCUAUCCUGGACAAGUUUACCUCCAAAAGUCCUUCUCCGAACACCUCAACCGAUGCUGUGUCAGAUUUCGAAACGAAUUCUGAGGAGUCUUCAGAGUAACUUCUAUUAUCCUGUUAUUUAACGCCUUUUGUUCAGUGUACUGGUUUUCAUUAAACUUGUCUUUUUUACACCACAAA